AAGAAUCCAAAAUCGAUAGACUCGUGGAUCCGUUGCAGUGAUAGUGAAGACAAGUCUCUGAGUGUAGGCUAUUGUCAACUGAAGUGAACGCCAAUCACAGCAUCAAUGAUGUGUCAAAUGGGAGGCAAACGUCACGUUAUUUUUGGGCGCCUUUUGUGUUAAGUUUACAAAACAUGUGUCAAAACCAGUGAAUGAUUUGCCAUUUCAUUGACACAUCUCUUGAGCGCCGAUCACCGCAACACAUCCCACAGACACAGACACAGACACCGACGCCAUGUCUUCGGCCACACGACACGCCCUCCUGAGCGGCGGCUUCGGUCACCAACUGCUCACCGAUUUGGUCACCACCUGCUGGACGCCCGCAAACAUCUUCCUCUCUGUCCUCAUCUUCACGUGGAUUGUCUUCGCGUGGGAUCUCUAUCUCUCGCGACGACAGUACAAGAUCUACAAGAGUGUGACUGAAGUGCCCACAGAACUGAUCGGCGUCUUAGACACGGAGACACUCAUCAAAGCCAGAGAUUAUAACAUCGAUAAGAGUUGUUUCGGGUUUUACGCCUCCAUUUGGAACCAAUUGCUGAACACUGCGAUCCUCUGGACAGAAGCCAUACCACUGUUGUGGCGCUAUUCGGGACGACUGAUCGGUCGCGUGGGCUAUACUGCCGGCGACCACGAGAUCCUACAGACGUUGGCGUUCGUGUUGAUC